AAUAAUAAUAAAAUCCGAAUCUAUUACGUGCAAUUUACGGUUUUUGUAGAGAACAUUAUAGUUAAGCAGAGAAUUGGAGAGAAACUCUUCUUCAAAAUACAAACAGUAAUCUCUGCUUAAACUUACAGCAGAAAUCAUGUGCUGUGGAGAAGGUUGCAGGCCGUUGGCCUUUCUUCUAGGGCUCCCUUUUGCUCUCCUCUCUCUUAUCGUCUCUGUCGUCGGCGUCAUCGUUUGGAUCGUCGGGUUGACGUUGAGUAUAAUAUGUCCGUGUUGCAUAUGUGUAACUUUGUUGGUUGAAUUAGCGCUGGAGUUGAUAAAGGCCCCUAUCCACGUUAUGGAGUGGUUUACCAAUCAAAUCCCUUGUUAAGACUUAAUUUCCACAGAUUAGAGUCUUCAUCUAUUAUUUUGCCUUUUUCAUUCUUCAUAACUAGUAUCCGUACCCGCGCGAUGCGCGAAAAAUAUAUAAUAUAAUAUUUGAAAAGAAAAUAUUAUUUGUAAUUUUUUAGUAUUGAGCCUAUACAUUGACAAUUGGAAGGGACUAUAAGAUCAGCAAAAACAAAGGUAGAGCUUUCAAAUUAUAAUUUGAAUUCUUGGCAUCAACAGUAGUAGCAGAUGCCGUAAUUAUAAAUAGUAGUAUAGAUUCAUCAACAGCUCCAAAGGCUAACUCGUACCUGGGCAAAUACUUAAACUCCUAUUAAAUAAUUAGAUGUAAAUAUCUCCAUAUCAUAAUGUAUAGAUAUGUGAAGAAUGCAGUCAUAUUCACCAA